UUUAAGAUGCUUUACAUCACGUGACUCAUCAGGCACUCAUGCUGCACUACGUAACAGCUCAUAGUACUGACUUUUUUUCUCAUUUGCCGCAUUCACCUUUCAUUCAGUAGGCGACGCUGUAUUCAACCUACACACACACGCACGCGAGCGCGCGCAGCGAAGGGGCGAAGGCUGUAAAGCUGUUAAGACAAGGAGCAACAUUGCCCCCAGAAGAAACGCGCUUUGGAGAGUGAACUUCAGCCAAAAGCGAGAGCGAAGACUUGUUUCCUCUUUGCAAUGAAUGCAACAAAUUUAUACUAAUACUUUUCGUAUGAAAAUGGAGAUUUACGUACAGACUUUACUUAAAUUUCUCUUAUUUACAUUAUUUUGUGAGGACGGUUGCGCACAGGUGUUCAAUCUCAGUCUCUCCAUAGAGGAAGGUUUACCUGCAAAAACUAUUGUCGGGGAUAUAAGAGCUGGACUGCCGGCGAAAAGCCAAAGUUCUGGAUUUUUUAUAUCUGAGAGCCGAGACUCGGAUGUGUUCAGGGACUUUGAGAUCGACGGAGACACCGGGAUCAUCUCCACCGCCGUGGUGUUGGAUCGAGAGCGCACAAAUAAGUACGAGUUCGCGGCCGCCACUUUAAAAGGAGAGGUUAUUAAAGUAAUCAUCGAGGUGAAAGAUGUGAAUGAUCAUUCCCCUGUAUUCCCAGUGAAAACAGUACAGUUGAACGUGUCUGAACUGAGCCCUCCAGGAGCCUGUUUUGAGUUGGAAGGAGCUCAGGACCAGGAUGAGGGUGAUUAUGGCAUCCAGGGCUACAGAAUUACAGACGGAGACAUGAGGAAACUUUUUAAAACCGAGAUCCGCAAUAGUGGAGGCGGUAUGUUCAAUUUUGACCUUAUUCUGCAAGCAAGAUUAGACAGAGAAAUUACAAGCUUCUACAGUUUCACAAUUGAGGCAUUCGAUGGUGGUUUGCCACCCAAAACAGGCCAGUUGCAAGUGCAUUUUACUGUACUCGAUGAAAAUGACAACCAGCCUGUGUUCAAUCAAACAGAGUACCAUGCUGUUGUAUUGGAAAAGACCCCAUUAAUGACACCUGUUUGUCAGGUAUUUGCAACAGACCCAGAUCUUGGCAGCAAUGGCUGGGUCACUUAUAAGAUCAACCGCCGUCAAAGUGACCCAAAUGAGUUUUUCGUUAUUGAUAGCUCAUCGGGUAUCAUUAGUGUCAAUAAAUUUUUGGACUAUGAAAACCAGUCAUUUUUCGAGCUUGUUGUGACAGCAUGGGAUUCUGGGAUUCAGCCUGAAUCCUCCAGCACAUUUGUAAGUAUUAAAGUCCUGGAUGUCAAUGACAACCACCCAAAUAUUAGCAUCCUUUUUCUUAAUGAAGCCGGAGCUCCUGAAGUAUCAGAGGGAGCGAGACCUGGAGACUAUGUUGCAAGGAUUGCAGUCUCAGAUCCAGAUUUAGGAGAUGUCAAGAAGAUUGAUGUGCACCUCCAAGGUGGGGAUGGGAUGUUCUCCCUCAAAUCCACUGAUGAUUUUCUUUAUGUUCUUUGUGUGGAUGGCCCACUGGACCGAGAGAUAAAGGACGUGUAUGAACUCACUGUGACAGCCAGAGAUUUUGGUUCUCCUCCUCUGAGCAGCAAAACAACAUUUCAGGUUCAGGUCACAGAUGUGAAUGACAAUCCACCUGUUUUUGACCAAAACAUCUAUGAAGAGAGCAUUCCUGAAGAUGUGCAUGAGGGGACAGCUCUCUUCCGAGUCAAGGCCACUGACAGCGAUCUUGAAGGAGAUUCUGGAAUCAUCUACUCUAUUAUGCAGCCAGAGAAGGAGCAGUUGUUAAAUAUAGAUGCAACAUCAGGUCUCAUUACCACUGCUGCAGGCCUAGACCAUGAGAGAGAGACAGAGCUGAGGUUCUUGGUGGUGGCUACCGAUGGCGGUUCCCCCUCUCUGUCCUCUACAGCCACCGUGACCAUCCAUGUGGCAGAUGUCAAUGACAAUAAACCUAUAUUCAAACAACAAAUCUAUAAUGUUACUGUUAAAGAGCACACAGCUGUUGGGACAUGCAUCUUACAGGUCACUGCCACAGAUGCUGAUGAUGCUGAGUUUGGAUCAGUGCAAUACUCCCUCUUUGAUGGCUUCAGCAGAAAGGAUGACCACCCUUACUUUCACAUCAACUCUGUUACUGGGGAAAUCUGUGUGUCUCAAGAUAUUGAUCAUGAAGCUGGCCUUGUGACCUUUGACCUGUCAGUUAAAGCUGAAGAUCAAGAUGGGCUCAGUUCACAGACAUUUGUUCACAUCAAUGUGGAGGAUGUGAAUGAUAAUGCUCCUGUUUUUAGUCCUGAGAAAUAUGUCACGAGUGUGAGCAUCCAUGCCCAACCUGGCACUGAGCUACUCAGUAUUUUUGCUUCUGACCAGGAUUCUGGGAACAAUGGAAAAAUUACCUAUGAGCUUCUGCCAGGAGAAUCUGCCUCUUUAUUCACUGUGGACCAGUCAACAGGUUCCGUCUUGCUGAACUCUUCCCUUUCCCAGCUGCGCAGCAGCAGUGUGAAGCUGUCUGUCUCUGCUCAGGAUGGAGGAGGCAUGUCUGCUGUUUAUCCUGCUAACAUCACCGUGAACAUUUUGCAGAGCGACCAGCCUCCUGCCAUCUUCCAAAAAGCCCAAUACGAAUUUUCUAUCUCUGAGGAUGCCCCCGUGGGGUCCUCUGUUGGUUUGGUUCAGGCUGUUACCCCUGCCAAUUCAGUGGAGCUAGUCUCAUUCAUCAUAUCCUCAGGUGAUCCUCAGUGGCUUUUCUCAAUUGAUUCCAAGUCGGGCAUCAUCACCACUGCCCAGCCACUGGACCAUGAGUCCCUCUCUUAUGUUAUUCUGAACAUACAGUUCCACAUGGGAACCCUUCCUAUCUAUAGCAGUGCUCAGGUCAAUAUCUCCAUCAUUGAUGUCAAUGACAACCCUCCUGUGUUCCAGAAGACCUCAGAACGCAUCACCAUAUCUCAUAACACCCCUCCAGGCACGCCAAUUUUUAUCACACAUGCGCACGACGCUGACAGCGGCCUUAAUGGCAGAAUUCACUACAUGUUGCAUCCUGAGAGCCACUUGUUUUCCAUUCACCCACGUAUUGGGACUCUAAUGCUGAACGGCAACCUCUCAGGAGAUUCCAGCCAGAGGUACGAGCUCAAUGUCAUAGCUGAGGAUGAGGGCCACCCUUCUUUGAGCUCUACAUUACAUCUUGCAAUAGAGAUGGAUUCCUUAGGCUCGGUGGAAGACACACUAACCUUUGAAACUUUGGUUUAUCAAGUGGAAAUUGGAGAAAGCGCUCCAAAAGACACUAGAAUGAUUCAGGUACGUGCUCAUGGAACCAGAUCGCACCAUGGAGGGACCCAUGACAAAGUACCCCCUAUCAUUACUUACUCUCUUAAAGUCCUCUCUGGCAUCCCACCAUUCAGAAUCCACCCAGAGACUGGAUGGAUGUUUAUAUCUCAGAGACUUGACUAUGAAAAGGAACCCAUCUACAGAUUUAGUGUGUGUGCAAGGACACAAAAUAGCAAAAUGGAGGCCACAGCAACGGUGGUUGUCACGGUUCAGGAUGAGAAUGACAAUGCACCUGUGUUCAGUAGGGAUGUGUAUUUCUUCAGUUUGCAGGAGGGACCGUCUCCACAUGGGAUGAUUGGAAGAGUAAAAGCUACAGACAGAGAUUCACAUAACAAUGGAGUAUUGUCCUACAUCUUGCUGUCUGAGGGAAAAUACUUUCGCAUCAACCCCAGAACAGGAGAGAUCAUAAACAUGGUGGCUUUGGAUCGUGAGGAGCAGGCACAGCAUGUUUUGAGGGUGAUGGCCACAGAUCAGGGUCGACCACGUCUCAACACCACCACUACUGUUCACAUCCUUGUCACAGACGUCAACGAUAACCCCCCACAGUUCACACACUUACCUGCCACUAAAGAGCUAAACGUACAGGUGUGGGCAGGCAUUCCUGUGAAUUCUGUUUUAAUCACUAUGUUUGCAAAAGACCUGGAUGCUGGAGAGAAUGGAACUGUCAAGUUUACAAUGAAAGAUAAUCGGCUGGGCCACUUUAGGAUUGAUAACCGUAAUGGUGAUGUCAGGGUGACAUCACGAUUCUCCGCAAACCCACAGAAACACUACACCCUGAGAGUUGUUGCCACAGACGAUGGUCUUUUUCCUCUGGAGGAGAAUGCAGUUGUUCACAUACAGGUUUUUGCCUUAGACCAACAAAAUGGAAACUCAAAGGAUUUUCAGAGCCUCGAAUACUUCACUGUGUUGGAAGAUGUAAAACUGGGAACUAUCGUUGGAUCACUUGGGAUUUCUAAUGCACCAGAUAUGCAGUUAAGAUAUUCUAUUGUCGAGGGUGAUGGUAGUUUGCAGUUUGGCAUCAAAAGUUCUAGUGGUGAGCUUUAUGUGGCAAAACAUCUGGACUACGAAGUCACACAGCGCUACUUCCUGGUUGUACGUGCAGAAGCCCCUCCCACGUUCAAUGUCACUGCAUUUGUGGCAAUCAGUGUUGUUGAUGUCAAUGACCACACGCCCUGGUUUCCUGGUAAUGACAACUUUGUUGUGUUCGGUGUUUAUGAGGAUGUUACCAAUGGAACUACGGUCUAUGUGUUUAAUGCACAUGAUGGUGAUGGAAGUCUGCGUAACAGUGAGCUUUAUUAUUCUUUGACCUAUGACCCCAACCCUGCCAUAAAGGGACUGCCUUUUCACAUCGACCCUCACACUGGAGUUGUCAAAACAAAUGGACGGUUGGACCGUGAGCACACCGAGAACAUUGUUUUUAGAGUGACUGUCAGGGACAACGCAGAAGAGCCCUCUGAUAGGAAACAUAGAUCAGUCAUAGCUCAGGCGAUUCUGCUGGAUAUCAAUGACAAUAGUCCCACAUUUGUCUCCACUGAAAUGGCUUAUGUCCCAGAAGACACUGAGGUGGGACUUUUGGUUCAUCAUGUGAUUGCCAGAGAUGAAGACGAAGGGAGUAACGGGCAUGUCAUUUACAGUGUAAUUUCAGGCAAUGAGAUGGGCUAUUUUCAUAUGGAAAGCACAGGGCAUCUGUACCUCAAUUCAUCCCUGGAUUAUGAAUCCCAGAAUGUCCAUAUCCUCACUAUCCAGGCCAAAGACAGUGGCAUACCCUCUCUGUCAUCUACUCAGACACUCACAGUGAAGGUUUUGGAUGUUAAUGACAAACCUCCCGUGUUCCAGCAGCACAUUUACAAUACCACCGUCAUGGAGAACAGAGAACCCGGAGAGAUCAUUAUCACAGUCACUGUAGUUGACCUGGAUUCAGAGACAAAUUCUGCUGUUAGCUACAGCUUGUUACCCGGUCCUGGAUAUGAGCUCUUUACAAUAAACUCCCACACUGGUCAGAUCAGCACCUCCACUCGGCUUGACAGAGAGGUCCAGUCCAGUUUUACUCUCAGAGUUCAGGCAGAGGACAGUGGGAGUCCAUCUCUGUCCAGCACUGCAACAGUCCUGUGCUCUGUCCUGGAUGACAAUGACAACACUCCAGAAUUUUCUCAGCCUGACUUGCACAUAGUUAUCCCAGAGAACUUGCCACCAGGAGUCAUUCACAUCCUCCAGGCCUCAGAUAUUGAUAAUGGACUAAAUGGAACGAUUCAGUACUUCAUAAAAGAGUCAAAAUUUGUAUUUUCUACUUAA